AUGUUGACCUCAUUUCAUAGCCGCUGCACGGCCCAUGUGAAUGGCAGGGGCGAUGCUUGGCUGGAAGCGAAGAACUUCCCAAGGCAGCUGUGGGACCUGACUGCAGAUGAGCAUGAAGUGCUCCGAGAUGCCGGCCGCGUCCAGAAGCAGGCGCAGCUUGGCAAUCGAGGAUGGGGUCUGGUGCGGAUCAAUGUCCGAGCUCCAGAUCAUGUGGUGUUGCGUUGUUUGUGCAACUUCCGGCAGUACCCUGACAUGAUGUCUGCCAUCCGUGCAGCAGAAGUGAACUCCACGUCGCCAGCAGCAGAUGCUGCACUAGUCGCCAAGUGCACCUACAGAAUCACGCGAUUCUGGUUCGAGAUUCCUGCGGUGCACCAUGUGGACCAGCGGCGCGGUCGAAUAAGCUUCGACAUAGAUCCAGAUGCGACAGGCCUUGUGCUUCGAGAGGCCUCCGGUUUCUGGCAAGUCGUGCCGUGCCGGCAGAACCCGGGAGAAUGCCGCGUGGUUUUCCGUGUCUACGCGCAUGCUUCCAAGUUGAUGCCCGAGUGGCUUGUAGAGUAUGGAGCCCGGAAGUGUCUCAAACGUGCCACAAGCUGGCUGAAGCCAUUUGCGGAAAAGCUUUGGCAGGAGUCAAAACAAACAGUGCGCGCUGCGGCCUGA